AUGCAAAAGCCCAUACAUCGAGAUCUCCACUUCCGCUCGUAUGCAGUUGACGACACCGGAAUAGCGCAUUACACAACCUACAAAAAGGACACUUUGCACGUCGGCCUUGGCGAGAAGGCCGCACCCAUGAACUUGAGUGGCCGCGGUUUUAUCAUCUCAGCUAGUGACACUUUUGGAUAUGACGCCUAUCGGACUGACCCCCUUUACAAGCACAUCCCACUUCUCAUCAACGUCACCCCACAAGGCUGCGUUGGGAUCUUCUCCACGUCCCACUCUCGCGGCACGUGGGCCGUGGGGUCUGAGAUUGAUGGCAUGUGGGGUCACUUCAAGGUCUACAGACAAGCUCACGGAGGGCUAGAGGAGUAUACGAUCAUUGGCAAGACGGUAGCAGAUGUCGUACGGUCAUACGCAGACCUCGUCGGCUACCCAUUGCUGGUGCCACGGUAUAUGAUGGGCUAUGUUAGUGGAGGUAUGAAGUAUAGCAUGGAAGAUCAGCCCAAGGCAGCAGAUUCGAUCCUGGGCUUCAUCAAGAAAUGCGAGGAGCACGAUAUCCCCGUUUCCGCCUUCCAGAUGAGUUCUGGAUAUACUGUGGCCGAGGUUGAACCCAAGACUCGCAACGUGUUCACUUGGAACAGGCACCGUUUUCCGGACCCACGCGCUUUCACACGAGAGUGCCACAAGCACGGAGUCAGGCUGCUGGCCAACAUAAAGCCAUACGUCUUGGAUUGUCAUCCCGAAUACCAACAGCUCGCGGAAACAGGUGCCUUCUUCAAAGAUCCGAUCACGAAGAAGACCGCAAUUGCUCGUCUAUGGAGCGCUGGUGGUGGAGAGAGUGGUGAAGGCAGCCACAUUGACUUCACAAGCAAGGCCGGUUAUAACUGGUGGUACGAUGGAUGCCGCGCUCUCAAAGAUGUUGGCAUUGAUGCGAUGUGGAAUGAUAACAACGAGUAUAACAUUCCGAGUGACGACUGGCAGUGUGCCUUAGAGACUGUGCGGAUACCUAAGGGGCAAGCGAGGAAAGACCUCGGCUUGUGGGGCAGAGCCAUGCACACUGAGCUUAUGGGAAAAGGCUCACAUGAUGCCUGCGUUGAUGCAGAACCAAAUGUUCGUCCUCUUGUUCUGACACGUAGUGCUACCGCCGGCACUAUGCGCUAUGCCGCCUGCUCCUGGAGCGGCGACAACGUGACAAGCUGGGAGGGGAUGAAGGGCAGUAACGCCUUGGCACUGAACGCUGGCUUCUCACUUCUCCAGUGCUAUGGUCAUGAUAUUGGUGGGUUCGAGGGACCUCAGCCUACACCAGAGCAUCUAGUUCGGUGGAUCCAGCUGGGUGUUCACAGCCCUCGCUUUGCAAUCAACUGUUACAAGACAAGCCCAGAGGACAACCUGGUUGGAGAAGUCAUCGAGCCUUGGAUGCACCCCUCAGUUACCCCACUCAUCAGGAAUGCCAUCAAGCGUCGCUACGAGCUGAUCCCUUACACCUAUUCCCACUGCCUGAAGAGCCACUUCACCGCCGUGCCAUCUCAACGAUGGACGGGUUGGGGCUAUGAGAGUGACCCUAAUGUCUGGAGUAAGGAGCUUCUAGCAGGAGACACACAAUAUUGGUUCGGCGAUGCUCUUCUAAUUUCUGGUGUCUAUGAACCCAAGGAAGACAUGGCAAGGGUGUACUUACCUAAGAAGAAAUCAGCCGCUACGGAAAACAGUAGUGACGAUUACGGCUUCUUGAAUACCAAUGCGCCAUUUCAGCACCUUGCUUCCGGGAUGUGGCAUAACAUCAGCUCGACUUGGCAUAGCUGUAUCCCUGUGAUAGCUCGUUGCGGAUCCGCAGUUCCUGUUGGCAAGAAUCGCCAUACGACUUGUAGGGCCGAAGAGGAUCCUGAGUUCCCUGCCGAGGAAAAGGAUAACUGGCGUGGACUUGAGAUUUUCCCGCCUCCCAUGCAUGGAAUGACGCCACACACCAACGCAAACAAGAAACAUAUCUUUGAGAACACAUGGCUGGAGGAUGACGGCAUCAGCUCCGAAGCAAUGGUGUCCUACUCUACAUUUCGGAUAAUAUACGAGAUCGGCAACGCAUAUGAGGAUGGAAUUGCCGUCAGCGUGAACAUCACCAAGCAAGGGACGUGGGAGCCACUCUGGCUUAGUAACGGGGUGGAUAUAAUCCUGCCCAUUGGCGAAGAGAGGAUUGUCUCAGCGAGGACGGGUGCUAAGGCGGUUGACAAGGGGCGAGACAAUAGGGGUAGGAAGGUGUGGAACAUCGGUGUGCAGCAGGCCCAGGUGAACAAUGCAGCCUGA